GAUCAUUUACAAUCUCAGUCUCUGCUCCAUGAGCUCAACUUGUCCUCAAGCUUCUGUAAUGGCAUUCUCAGUUACCACCAAAUGUUGGGUGCUACUUGUUGCUCUGGUUUAUGUCUCUUUUUUUGGUUUCAAAUUCGGGAAUGCACAUGAAGAUCUGCCUGAAACAGGUUCUGUAGAUGGUCAUGAUAUUCCUCAAACAGGUGCCGUAGAUGGAGACCCAGCUCAGAUUGUAGCAAAAGCCUUGCUCUGUUUCAAUGACAAGUUCAUCUACAGCAGCUGUGAGGAAUCUUAUAGAUUAAACGAGAGAGGAAACAUCAACGUCCCACCUGAAUAUACUGAUCAAUACUGCAACGGACCGUGCCUGGAAGAGACUCACCUUGUGCUCACCUGCAUUGGCAACAUAUUAUCAAACUUUUUUUUUUACAAUAAAGCCACGAUACAGGACGUAAGGGAGACCCUCCAGGCAGGAUGCAGCUACACCAGUGAAAGAGGUGACUUCAAUGUGGCUGAGCACAUCGAGGCUGACGAAAACAGUGCAAACAAGGCUGGCAAAUCGAUCCUUUUCGGGUUUAUGCCGAUGAUUAUAGGAUGUGGUUUGCUGAUUUGAUACAUUCUUCUGAUACUUACAGCUGAUGUGGUUGAAAUGGUGGAGAGAUGCCUAGAAUAUGGAAGUAAUUUGCUAGCAUUAUGUUAGAAAUAUUAAUGUUAAACACCUUUGUGUUGUAAGAGAAAAAGAAAGAAAAAAAAAAGGAAGGGAAAAAUCAUCCAUUGUAACCUGGCUUGGAGUGAUGGACUAAGAGGUGAAUUGCAGGCUUAAUUUAUGACA